CCCUCCCUCCCUCUCCCCGAUGCAGGGGGCCGAGCUCCGGGACGGCGAGGCGGCGGCGGCCGCCGCUUCGUACCGCGUCCUGAGCCGCCUGCUCGGCUAUGGAGAGGCGGUCCCCGAGCCAGGCCCGCCGCCGCCGCCCCCGGGCCAUGGUCCCCCGCCGCCACCCUUCCUCGCGCGGCCCGGCCCGCGGGGCUCCCGGCCGCCGCAGCUGAUGGUGUUCCGCAACGUGGGUCGGCCGCCGGAGGAGGAGGACGCGGAGGCGGCCCCGGAGCCGGGACCCUCGGAACUGCUGUGUCCCCGGCACCGCUGUGCCCUGGACCCCAAGGCCCUGCCGCCGGGGUUGGCACUCGAGCGGACCUGGGGCCCGGCGGCUGGACUGGAGGCGCAGUUGGCGGCUCUGGGGCUCGGGCAGCCGACGGGGCCGGGGGUCAAGACGGUCGGUGGGGGUUGCUGCCCGUGCCCGUGCCCAUGCCCCCCGCAGCCGCCCCCUCCGCAGCCCCAGCCGCCUGCUGUCGCCCCGCAGGCCGGGGAGGACCCCACGGAAACGAGCGACGCGCUGUUGGUCCUGGAGGGCUUGGAGUCGGAGGCCGAGAGCCUGGAGACGAACAGCUGCUCGGAAGAGGAGCUCAGCAGCCCGGGUCGCGGAGGAGGAGGGGGCGGCCGGCUUCUGCUGCAGCCCCCGGGUCCCGAAUUACCCCCGGCGCCCUUCCCGAUGCAGGACUUGGUCCCCCCAGGGCGCUUGGGUAGAGGGGAGCCGCAGCAACCGCCCCCGCCCCCGCCUCCUCCCGGGCCCCUCCGGCCACUGGCGGGCCCUUCUCGGAAGGGCUCCCUCAAAAUCCGCCUCAGUCGCCUCUUUCGCACGAAGAGCUGCAACGGCGGCUCCGGCGGCGGGGAUGGAGCCGGCAAGAGGCCUUCUGGAGAGCUGGCUGCUUCUGCUGCGAGCCUGACAGACAUGGGAGGCUCUGCGGGCCGGGAGCUGGACGCGGGGAGGAAACCCAGGUUGACAAGAACUCAAAGUGCCUUUUCUCCGGUCUCCUUCAGCCCCCUGUUCACAGGUGAAACUGUGUCGCUUGUGGACGUGGACAUCUCUCAGCGGGGCCUGACCUCUCCACACCCUCCAACUCCCCCUCCUCCUCCGAGAAGAAGCCUCAGCCUCCUAGAUGAUAUCAGUGGGACGCUGCCUACAUCUGUCCUUGUGGCUCCGAUGGGGUCUUCCCUGCAGUCUUUCCCCCUACCUCCGCCUCCUCCACCCCAUGCCCCAGAUGCGUUUCCCCGGAUGGCUCCCAUUCGACCAGCUGAAUCCCUGCACAGCCAGCCCCCCCAGCAUCUCCAGUGUCCCCUCUACCGGCCCGACUCAAGCAGCUUUGCCGCCAGCCUUCGAGAGUUGGAGAAGUGUGGUUGGUACUGGGGACCAAUGAACUGGGAAGAUGCAGAGAUGAAGCUGAAAGGGAAGCCAGACGGCUCUUUCCUGGUACGAGACAGCUCUGACCCUCGUUACAUCCUGAGCCUCAGUUUCCGGUCACAGGGUAUCACCCACCACACAAGAAUGGAGCACUACAGAGGAACUUUCAGUCUGUGGUGUCACCCCAAGUUUGAGGAUCGUUGUCAGUCGGUGGUGGAGUUCAUCAAGAGAGCCAUCAUGCACUCCAAGAAUGGGAAGUUCCUCUAUUUCUUGAGAUCCAGGGUUCCAGGACUACCACCAACUCCAGUCCAGCUGCUCUACCCUGUGUCUAGAUUCAGCAAUGUCAAAUCCCUCCAGCACCUUUGCAGAUUCCGAAUCCGACAGCUCGUCCGGAUAGAUCACAUCCCGGAUCUCCCACUGCCUAAACCUCUGAUCUCUUAUAUCCGAAAGUUCUACUACUAUGAUCCUCAGGAAGAGGUGUACCUGUCUCUAAAGGAAGCGCAGCUCAUUUCCAAACAGAAGCAAGAGGUCGAACCCUCCACGUAGCGAGGGGCCCCCUGCUGAUCGCCACCAAGGGCAUUUGGUUGCCAAGCUCCAGUUUUGAAGAACCAAAUGAAGCUACUGUGGAAGGGGGAGUGAGGAGAAACGAGGGAGUUGGAAGGGCUGAGAUCCUCCAUGCGAAGACUUUGGUCCCCCUCGCAGCCCUGGGGCUUGGAAGAAGCACACGACCACGCUCUGUGCGCGGGGCUCCACCUCGUCACGCCCAGCCCCUGCGCUACCCUGGAGCUGGACGAGCUCCUUGGAAAACUGGAAGAAGUCUCAACACUGUUCCUUUUUUAGACGUUUUGUUUUGGAUAUUUGCAUUUCUCGGUAUGGAAAACUUCCUUUAAAGGCAGCUGGGGUCUGUGCCCAUUGGACUGGAAGUGGUGCCAAGGGUGAUCCAGGUCCAAGGGAGGGGAGGGGAGGGAGGGGAU